ACUAUCAGCAGGGCUGCGGCGAUCGCCGUCUCACUAAACGUAUAAAAGGGUGACGUAGGCAAUAGUUAGUCAACGAAAAAUUUCAGGAAUCUACAACAUGAACUUCACGGCUGCUCUGAUCGUUCUCGCCGCCCUCGUGGCUGUGACCUUCGCCGGAUACCUCGGAGGCGGUGGCUAUGGCUUGCACCGCGGUUACGGAGGCCUUGGCUACGGAGGUGGUUACGGCCACGGAGGUGGUUACGGCUACGGAGGCGGUUACGGCUACGGAGGCGGUUACGGGCACGGUAUUGGAUAUGGAGGAAUUGGUCUCGGCUACGGCAAGAAAUGGUAGAGAAAAUCAUUGAACAAGAAAUAAAUUACCAUACGAAAUAAAUUAGGUGUCAGCGUCUA